AUGGCCGAAAUAUUCAGCCUCGUCUCCGCUGGCGUGGGCAUCGUGGCGUUCAUAGGCCAGGUGUCUGCUACUCUUGAAAAAGUGAGCGAUGCUCGUCGGUUCGUCAAGGCAAAGAUCCAGAGGAGGUUCUGGGCGUUCGAAUACACACCUCUGUCCAUUUAUCUCAGCGACUGCGACGAUGACCUGUGCAACUCUCGAAGGAUGCGUCUGGGUUUUCGGGUAGCCUUUUCGCAGUAUGGCAUUCCUUUUGCUGUAUUAAUGGGAUUCGAGGCCAUCUCAGAGGCAGGGAUGCGUACAUUGCAGCCUACGCUCCGGACCCAGCAGGUCGUCAAGUAUGCUUCGCCAGGCUUCAAGAUAUUGUGGCUAGCGACCCAAGAUUCAUUAAUGUUGACCAAGCUCAAGAGCAACUUUCGGACUUCUUCCGACAAGAACCCACGGCGAGAAAUCACGUCGAUCCGUCGGGCAGUGGUUACCUCGAGGUACAAGUCUCUCACCAGUUGUGGUACUCAGCUCAUAAUAAUGACUUCGGCACAGGCUUUGGUCAAAACAGUUGCGGGAAUUGAAUCCGUGGGAAGCUAUCUUGGUCUCGCAACGUUCAUUGCGGACGAACUGGGUUGUCCACAGAAUGCAGAUCCAGAAAACAACCGUGUGGAUUCACAGGACGCCUCGUUUGGAGGCUUGCACAACUCACCUGGGUCAAACCCCACUGCACCUCGCCGUCGUCGACGAUCAGAUCCUGGACCCGGACUCCAUGGAGCUGAUGUCACACAGACUCUUAUUGGCCAAAUGGCGCAUUCACAUUUUGGUUUACAUUUGUCACGCCGCUCUCAGAAUCAUCCGGACCACCAGAUCUACGACAUGCUCAUGGAACGGUGGACAAGUUCUUCGAUCAACAAGUCGAAGGUCAACGGCAGUACCGUCAUGCAUGUAGUUCAAACAGUGCAGCAAGCGCGAAAGCUUGUCCAAAAGGGCUUCAACGGGUUCAAUGCAGGUGACAUGAACGGGCAGUUGGCCGUUCAUAGGCAUGCUGCCCGUGGACGAGACUCUCUCGUUGGCUUUUGUAUCGAGCACGGCUUCGGGCAUGCUUUCAUCCAGACGCAUUUUACGCGCCGGCGCCAACAUUCCGUCAAGGACGAGUUCCGUACCCUGCCGACGCCCAUAUCUCCAUCGCGGCUUUGCCGGCGACGCCGAGGUGAUGAUGCGGCGAUCUACGUUGGGUUCCUGGAGCAGCAAUGGACCAAUCUUUCGAGUCAGCCGUCGGAUCUCUUCCCAAGCGGCUGGUAUCAGAGACGGAUCAUGUGGAUUGUCGAGGUAAUGCGGGUGUACAAGGUCAGUGUCGAAGAAGCGGCCCAGACACUUCGUCUGGGAGACGCACGCAUAUUCCAGCCGUACUCCAAGAACCCAAGCACGCAACAUGAACGGGACAUGUGGGCGACCCACUUUGUCUCUUCUGUUGAUGAGGCUGUAUCCGUCACAGAUGACAGCGACAGCGACGACGAGAACUGGGAGGCCUGCAGCUCAUCAGACUGA